CGCUCCCAGGGGACGACCUUGACACUAGUUCCGAACAGUUGCUGUGGAGAUUUCCAAACUGUAGCUGCUUCAGGUUCCCUUCCCCUCCUCCUCCCCGCCGCACAGCACCACAAAUUCCCAGGGUGCCUCACACUCAGCAUAGAUAGGGCUGUUGCGUUGCUGGGAGUGGUGUGGUCAAGGUAUCCCGACUGGUGACCCUUUCCAUCAAUGAUGUCAGGAGGAGGAGUGAGUAUGACGAAAUCCCUCAUUGCUCAGAGGAACCUCAACAUUCCAGUGGAGAAAGAGUCCCCGGAGAGUAUAUCCCAAGCCUUGACUUCUCUUCAUACCCUCCGGCUAGACAGAGAGAGAAUUAGCUGCAUCGCAAAUCUGCAAGGUUUAGAGCAGGUCCACAGCCUUUACCUGCAACAGAACCAAAUAGAGAAAAUUGAGAACUUGAGCUGCUUUCCAAACUUGACUUUUCUGACAUUAGCUGGGAACCGCAUUAGCCAAGUGGAGAACCUGAAUACUCUCCCGAAGCUGCAGUUUCUGGAUCUCUCACAGAACCGCAUUGAAACACUGGACACAGAUGAGCUGCCCCAGAGCCUCGUGAUCCUUGACCUGACAGGAAACGAAUGCACUAAGCAGAAGAGCUACAGGGAGCGCGUGUUGGCAGCUCUGCCCCGUCUGAAAGAACUGGAUACGCAGGGUGUUCCUAAUCAGAAAGACACCGUCCAAAGUGAAGAAGAGGAGGAGGACAGUUCAGAAGACAGCGACGAGGAUUGGUCUGAUCUUGCUAUACCUCUGAGCGUAGAAAAAGACUUCUUUGCCAACCUCCGUGAGGAGCUUAGAGCCCACUCAGCCCAGCGGAGGGAGGAGGAAGCGGGGGAAUACGAAGACCGCUUGGAGGAGCUGAGGCAGAUGCAGAACCUGAGAGAGCUGGUGUUCAACACAACUGAGAGGACGCCUUGGCCAUUCGGUGAACCGGAACCAAUAUCCGCAGCCCCAGAGGGGAGCGUGCUCCAAAGCGAUCCCCACCACCACCACCCUCCUCCCAACCUUUCGAAAACGGCAAAUCCAACACCCAAAAAGGGGCCAAGAGCCUCAAAGGGGAAGGCCGGCGGCUCAAGUCCAACACAGCUGAAAACUUCAAAGGGAGAGGGGUCUGGUGUAAUGAAAACCGCAAGCAAAGGAGUAAAGAAAUGAUUUAGUGCAUCAUUUUUGCUUUUCGUUUUUAAUAUCUGCUUUAUUCUGUCAAAGAAAUGCAAUACUUCCUUGAAUCUAA